GCUCAACGGGGCGAGUGCAGCACCCCAGGGCCACAGAUGUGCCCAGGCGCUUGGAAGAGCAGCAGGUCCCAGCACCCUGUAGCACCCCCUACCACCCCCUACCACCCUCUGGCACCCCGUGGCACCCCAGCAGGCACUGCUGAGGGACCACACCAGCAGAGAGGGCAUCCACGGUGGGGACCACCACCAUGGCCAACUUGACGGCCCCCAUGGGGGUCGGGAGGAACUCGUGCACCUUCCAUGAGGAGUUCAAGCAGGUCCUACUGCCCCUGGUCUACUCGGUGGUGUUCAUGGUGGGGUUGCCCCUGAACGCCGUGGUCAUCGGACAGAUCUGGGUGACCCGUAAGGCGCUCAGCCGCACCAUGAUCUACAUGCUGAACCUGGCCACAGCCGACCUGCUCUACGUCUGCUCCCUCCCGCUUCUCAUCUACAACUACACCCAGAAGGAUUAUUGGCCUUUUGGGGACUUCACCUGCAAAUUUGUCCGCUUCCAGUUCUACACCAACCUACACAGCAGCAUCUUCUUCCUCACCUGCAUCAGCAUCCAGAGGUACCUGGGCAUCUGCCACCCCUUGGCCUCAUGGCACAAGAAGAAAGGGAAGAAGCUGACGUGGCUGGUGUGUGCCGCAGUGUGGUUCAUCGUCAUCGCCCAGUGCCUGCCCACCUUCAUCUUCGCUUCCACUGGCACCCAGAGGAACCGCACUGUCUGCUACGACCUGAGCCCACCGGAUCGCUCUGCUGCCUACUUCCCCUAUGGCAUCACCCUCACGGUCACCGGCUUCCUGCUGCCCUUUGUGGCCAUCGUCUCCUGCUACUGCAGCAUGGCCCGGAUCCUGUGCCAGAAGGAUGAGCUGAUCGGCUUGGCGGUGCACAAGAGGAAGGACAAAGCUGUGCGUAUGAUCAUCAUCGUGGUCAUUGUCUUCUCCAUCAGCUUCCUCCCCUUCCACCUCACCAAGACCAUCUACCUGAUCGUCCGUUCCUCACCCGACCUGCCCUGCCCGGCUCUGCAGGCAUUUGCCAUCGCCUACAAGUGCACACGUCCCUUCGCCAGCAUGAACAGCGUCCUCGACCCCAUCCUCUUCUACUUCACCAAACGCAAGUUUCGUGAGAGCACCCGUUACCUCCUCGACAAGAUGAACUCCAAGUGGCGGCACGACCAUUGCAUUACCUACGGCUCCUAGGUGAGGAUGAGGGCCACCUCGGUGUCACCGGGACCAGCCAUGGAGCAAUUUUGGUUUUAAGCUCCACAGAGCAGAGAUGGCUUCAGCUGGGGACAUGCUAGAGGACAGCAGGACAGCAUCUCCUGAGCUUCCAGCACUUUCAUCCCAUCUUGAGCCUGCAGCAGCACAGUAUUAACCCCAUCAUGGCUCAGUGUCAUCUGUCUGGCUCAGUUGCUCAAGUUUGAGCAGCUUUGCGCCAUGUUUCCUGGUGGCCAAGCCACCGAUGCAAUAAAAACCACUGGUGGGACCAUGGCGAACACAGUGGGACUGUGAAGGACACGGUCCCUGGCUCAGGGCGAGCUGCCAGGGCGGUGAUUUCUCCCCCUUCUCAUUUAAAACUUCCCUGAUGGGACAAUGUGAAGGCUGGGGAGGGUUUGGCUCAGCUCACCCCUGCUGGGGCACAUGGGGCCCAAUGUGUCUCCAGCUCAAGGUCAGUGUCGCAGACAUUUUGGGGGGUAAUACCCUAUUCUCCAGUCCCCAGAAUGGGUCCAGAUCAGUAAAAGACAUGAGCCCACACAUACCACUGGCACUGCAAAAUAGUGGGAGAGCAUCCCUGGCCAGACUGGGAGCUGGGGACAGAGGACAUAAGGACAACUGGGACACCCAUGCUGGAUUUCCCACCCAAGUGAUGACCAUGGGCUGGCUUAGACAGAAGCCAGAAGUGUUGUCAUCUGCCUGCAGACCUUCAGCAUCAUCCGGGUUCAGCUCCCUGCUUAGCCCAGCACCCCAAAUCUGGUCUAUCCUGGCAUCCUCAGCAUCCUUCUGUCACCUCCUAACCAGGAUCCACCAAAAUCAGAGCUGGCACACCCAGGCACAACGCCAGGAGUCAGGAAACCCAUGCCACCGAGCUACUCAGUGGCCUUGGCCAUGUCACCACCCGUCCAAUUGUCAGCUAGGCCUCUCCACCACCCUCGACCUGGGUUGGGGCUUGAGCUUUGCUCCCCACAACCUCCGGCAGGACGGUGCUUCCUCCUGGCAUGCGGGGAUUUGCUUACACGGCACGGGGUAGAUGUACCAAUAAUCGCUCUGCGAGUCUUCUUUAACAUAUAAGACAUAUAGAAUAAACCUCCUCCCCUUUUUCAGAUGGAUAUGUACACAUAUAUACACCCACUAUAUAUACGUACAUGCAAGCAGGGGAAGGUGGUCCAGCACAGGCUACGUGGCGCAGAUAUUCUCCGCCCUGAUUACACUCUAUGUGUGGUUAUGGUGUAUGUGUGUAUAUAUAGUAUACAUGCAUAUACAUAUAUAAGGAUAAAUGUUUUGCUGCAUUUCUCACAGGUUAUCUGUACAUAAUAAAUGUGUCAAAGUUGUUUUAAGC